AAGCUUGUGGUUUCCGCUCUAUUUGUCUUGUUCACCUUUGGUGGGCUGUCGAAGUUAUCGUCGAUUGUGUUUGAUAAUUUUCACCUAUUGUCUGCGUGCAGUGUUCUGUACAGUGUGUACUGUUCGGGACGUAACGAACGUUUGUGUCUUUUUUAUUAAUUUUUCGACGAAAGAGAAAUGCUCUUUUAGUGCAUUACAUAGCAAGACAACAAAACACCCUUGGUGCUCGGCCGGUAAGCAUGCUUACUUUUGUAUGUUUUCCUCUGAGAUGUUUACAUUGAACGGAUUGAUUUAUGGGAACUUGUAAUUACUUGACGACGACUUUCAAUCAAAUAAUGUGGUUAGACUGCAUCAAUUUAUUGUGUCGACAAUGAGUUUGUGGACAAUUUUCGAAUACUCAAGUGACUCUGCCUAAUGUUUACACACAGUAAGCUUCACUAGAAUUAAACGCAAAUAAAGCUCUCGAAUCCAUUUCUUUGAUAUUGGAAUGUCAUAAAUGUUAAGCCAUUGCAAUUUUUGAUCCCGAUUUGUUUUAUCGCUCAAUAACAUUAUAUAAUUCGUGCGUUAUCCUCAGUACGACCAUCUUUAGACUUUCUCUGUGAUCUUCUGCGUUGUUUCGUUAAUGUCGGUGAUACUUGGUGAACACUUAAUCGUUUUCGCUUUUGAAAACACGUCAUAAACCAUGGGCUAUUAGCAGUGACAACAUUUAUACUAUUGAUUGUUAUUUUAUAUUAUCGUAGUAAAAAUUUAACGCGUUUGCUUAUAGUCCUAAGGGUAUGAUGGUAUGUCUUUGAGAACCUUUCAACGCAAUGAGAUCAGUUACAAACCAUGUUAGAAUUUGCUUUUGUUCUCUGGUCAUAAAUUAUCAAGGCAAUGUGCUCGCUUUACGAUGAAUUCCGUUGUGGAAUUGAGCAAUUGAAGUCAGGUUUAUUUGAAAAUUUCAUUUCACCGAUACAAGUACAUGUCGGAACUGUUACGAGUACCUUAUAGUUUUUUUAUAUCUACCGCCAAUUGAAGAUAAAAUCUUCAAAAUUUUAUGCAUGCGUGAAACUUGACCCAAUUGCGGCAAGUCGUUCGAAUGUUAAAUUUAUGCUUUGGUGCUUUGUACGAUAAGAAUAUCCAUGGUGUGAUCGCCAACAAUUUUCCUUCCUUAUUAUCGUUUCGUAUCUUGUAAUGAGGCAAUGUGGUGUUUAGAAAACUUGUAAUCGAUUGUGAUGAUUUAGUGAGUGUACCAUUCAGCAACACAUACUGUAUGAAAAUUAGCACCUUUAACUAUCAAGUGACAUCAUAUUAAAUUGGGCUGUUUAGAUAACGAAGUUUUUGCGCAUAUUGUAACCCAGAUUUGUGGGUCAAAAUUGGUUAAUUUCCUUGUCUCCAGUCUAGUAGUGCUCUGGCAAUAUAUUCUUAAGUACUCUUGAAUGUAAUUGUUUUGAUACCCCGGUCUCUCAAAUCUUUCUUUUUCAGUCAAGCACUGUGAUCCUAUCAGACCUCUUGAUAACUCAAACCAGAUGCUUCAGACUGAAAUCGGGAGAUAUAUAUUAUCUCGUGUAACACUGCAAGUUUAAAGAGAUAAUUUUAAUUCUUUCUUAUUAUGCAAAGUGAGCAUGGAUUCCGUUCAAUGGUUUCUCUGAUCAAACGGAGCAAACCUGUGUGCGUGUUAUGGUGUCUGUUGUGAUACACAUACAACGCUUUCAGCACACCAAUUGGGCGAGGGCACUCCAAUCAUCCCAAACAGUGAGGAAAGUUCAAACUCUGUGUAAAAAGGUGAAAUUGAGUGCAGAAACUUGAAAUUAAAUGUUUGUUAAUUACAUUUAAUCAAAUUAUAUCAGGCAUUAGUUUGAGUAAACAAAUCUUAGUAGUUUUUCAAAAACUUUAAAUUGUACUUAAAUGGCUACUCAUAAAAAUCACAUAGGAAGCAUAACUGUUUGGGUUUCUCAAUCCAGGGUAGAAGUGCAGAGAUACCGGUAUAAAUUUCAAGAAAAAAUAGGGUCCAUCCAAUGAUUUUUGUUCAACUUUGUCCUUGUUUUAUGUUACCAGUAUGUCAAAAAGAAAAAGUGUUUGCUUUUGGAGGACAAUAGUUAAUGACUAAUAUUAAUUUUUGAAAAAUAAAUCAAUUUUGUAGGUGAACAAUAUUCUGAGACUUUGACUCCAUUGGCUGAACUUGUGAUGUACUGAAUGAUUAACAUUGCGUGGCUCUAACGUUCUACGAAUGUUCAAAAAGAGCAAUGCUGGUGAUCAACUUCUCAUUGCUGUCAAGCUCAAUAAAAUAUCAGAAAUCUCACGGCUUGUUGCCCUGGGUGUUGAUGUCAAUUCCAGAAUAGACAAGGUGACAAGAUUUUUUUUUUUUUUUUUGGUAUUUUGAAGUAUGAGGUAAUUGAAGGAGGAGUUUGGAUGGGAUUCAUUCAUGAAGGAUCUUACUGUAAUCUCAUGGUGUCACAUUCCAUUGGGAAACCCUUCAUGUUAAGUCCUUUUAUACGCACAGCCCAAAGGGCUGGAUGCAUAUCAUAGGUGCCACUGAGUCCUUAAAACCCUGAGUCUGUCCAAAAAAAAUUUGACCCCUACCUGUUGUUUAAGACAACAAAGCACAUAUGGAUUGUGGUAUAUCACCUGAUAGUAAAGCCACCUUUCUUAUAUUCAGACAGUGUUGGAUGGCACAUCACCAAGUUCACACCCUUUUCAAGGCUUUUGUUGCAUUAAGACACCCUGAUUCAAGACCCCAAAACCUAUUGUGCAACACAAAACUUCCUAGGCUAAACAAGGAAGUUUUCUUCCUCCCCAACAUCUGGUUAUGUAAUCUGUGUAAGACAUAUGGUUAUUACUUACUGCUCUUGAUUAAGAUUGAUCAACAAUUUCAGUUGUAAAUUUGACACAAAAGACAUUGUUUCAAUUGUCAGAUUUGUGAGCUGGUUUCUUCACUUAACUUACCUUAUGAGACUAUCUAAACUCCUAUUUAAAGGGAAACUGCUAUGAUAAUUUCAUGUGAUUACUGCCUAAUAUGGACAGAAUCAUUGCAGUUUUGGAUAUUAUAUUUUUCUUUAUUUACCAUGUUGUACUUUUUAUGAUUUUUUUUCCAGAAUGGUAAGACUGCUCUCCAUUAUGCUGCUUACAAAGGCCAGGCAGUAGCUGUGAAGGCCCUUGUAGAGGCAGGAGCUGACCUGGAUGUAACAGAUGAGGUAGAGGAAUCUUGAAAUGUAUUUCUUGUUUAUUCAAGAAGCUUUCUUGAGUGGAAAAUUGUACUGUUGUCCACUUGCUCUUGAAAACUUUUGACUUUGCACAAAAAUCUUGAAUACCAUAAAAUUCAACUUGUUUUUGUGCCUUCAUUGAGAAACUCUUUUACAUUGGUUUUGAUGUCUAAAUUUGUAUGUGGUAGAAUGGAAUGACUGCUCUUCAUCGUGCCAUUAUUCAUGGCCAUACAGAUGUUGUCCACAUUUUAUUAAAGGCUGGUUGCUUGAUUGAUCAGAAAGAUGAGGUAAAGUUAGUUUAUGUUUUGUACUGUUCACAGUUCUUGUGUACAAAGAUUUAAGGUUAAGUAUUUCCUUGUUUUUGUUUCUAUAUUCUUGUUGUAUUUUAUUGGUGUAGACUUCAGUCAUACGUUUUAGAGAAACUCUGUUGAUUAAUUCGUUUUGGAGGAUUUCCACAUGAUUAUUUCUUAGAAUGGAAAUACAGCUCUUCAUGAGGCAGCCUGGAAUGGUUAUAGUAAAUGUGUUGAGCUUCUAGUGGCAGGAAAGUGCAACAUAAAUAUUCAUAACCGGGUAAGUCAACAGAGCACAAGAAUAUUACCUCACUUGAGGAUGUUGUUUUCCUUUUAUAAUACCCUGAGAGAUACAAAAUGAUUCAUUUAACUAAACUGAAACCCUGAAAUGUGCAACAAACAAACAACUCUUUUGAGUGACCUUGAACAAACCCAAUCAGGGUCAGUAAUGGCUGGUAAUGAGUGAAUCUAAGAAUAAGAAGUUUCAUUAAAUUUGUAACAUAGAUUUUCAUUCCUUUUCUCUGCUUUCAGACUGGUUAUACCAGUCUACAUCUUGCUGCACAAAACUGUCACUGUAAAACUCUGCAAGUUUUAUUAGAUGGAGGUUGCAAUGCACUUGUAAAGAAUAAUGUAAGUGGUUAUUGUGUUCUUGACAAAUAAUACUUGACUAGUCAUGUUAACAAAAAAGGUUUAUAUAGUGACGAUGGAAUACUAUGCAAAUUCUCUGGGACUUUAUAUCCCUUUAAGACCCUAUGUGAAUUGAAACUUACCUGACCUUUUCAACGAAGAGAAUAAGUGUAAGGACAUGAUUUUAGAGUAUGAAUUAGAUUGUGUGUAAUGAUGGUCCUAUAGUAAAAAGGGCUUCUCCGACUAAAUGGUUGUUCGUCAUUGACACAAAAUCCACCGACUUUUUUCUCUAAGUUUGAAGGAUAGUAUUAAAUAUCUUAUGUUUUGAGCAAACAAUUAUUUGUGAUUUAGGUUUCUUUUUGUUUAAUUAGUUCGCUUUGCUCAUUUUUCCUUUUUAGUAUGGUGACACCCCUCUGCACAUUGCGGUUCGCUAUGGACACGAUGAAGUCUGUAAAGCACUUUUGGCCACUGAGCUCAACAUCUCUGAACAAAAUAAUGUAAAUGAUAAUGUAACCGUCGGUUCUAUAACUGUGUCAUUCAACAUGAGACGAUUAUUCUUUGUUGGUUCGCCUGCACAGAAAGCGCUGACUAGAUGCGAACGGGAAUAUUAAGCACGGGAUUUAAUACGUUUAAUGUUGUUCGGUUUGUUGAUUUAUUUGCUAUCUUUUUCCAAUUUUCCUUCACUAAAACUCGAUAUACCUCGCCAGAGAAAAGGAAAAAAGGCCAACUGACCAUUCUCCUUGUCAACACACGUUAUCUUGCCUUUUUCGCGCUCUAUGUUUCUCCGGCCGACCUCUUGUUCGCCAGCACCCGUUACAUUACGUUAUUAUUUACUGCCAAUACCAUAUGCGUGAAUUCCCCCUGAGAUAGCUAGUUAGAGUACAAUUUUGCUAUAUUUUUGGAGGGGAAUUUCAAUUUGUAGAAUAUUGCAUGCGGUGACAGGAAAUAGAGGAAGAGGACAAUAAGAAAUCAUUCGUUGUAACUGUGAUUCCUUUUUUUAACCAGGAUGGUAACACCCCCCUGCAUAUUGCUGCCAGUAUGGGACACGAAAAACUCAUCGAAAUGUUGCUGAAUGCAGGAAGUUCCACUACUGUCAGAAAUAAUGUAAGCAAUUGGAAAACCUGAUGAUAGUUAGAAAUGGUCUCUUGAGGUAAAAAUCAGAGGAGAAUUGGAGUGGGAGAAGUGACUAAAAGCGAUCUAAUGAGAUUUGAGAGGAGAUGUGUUCGAUGUAAACGAUUUCUUUGAAGAAGAGCGUCGACUGUUCUUCUGAAAUGGCUUGCAAUGCAACCAGAACUGACGAGAUCAAAAUUUUCAGCUGAACACUGGCGACAAAAAACGGAACUGUCAUCGACAAAGUUUUUCACCUCCUGUAAGCCAUUCAGCUACGGCUUACUUUGAACAUUUUUAUUAGUAAUAUCGAUAAAUAAACUCUGUGUCUAGAAUUGGUUCAUCUCAGUUUUAAGAAGUAUUUCCUUGUCGUUACCGCCGAAGAAAGGGGCUCAAGAUGGUUGGUGUUCACAAAUCCUUUACAAUUUAAAUGGGCAAAUUUUAGGUAAUCCGAUUUGAUUCAUUUCAUUUACAGUGAUAGGAUUUGCCAUCGUUAUCUUUUUGUUGUUUAAUUUCUGACUGUCGCUUUUCUGCCAGCACACAUUAAAAGGUGAAAUUUGAAGUAAGGAAGGAAGUUUCGUUUAAGAGAAUAUCGUGGAAGCCUUCCGCAUUUAACAAGAUUUAGUUUCUAACCUUUGCAUUUUGUCGCAACUAGAUGAUAAUCGUUUAGUUGAUUCUUAAUUCACGCUGCUUGUUUGAGGAAGACGUCAGUUCCAAGAAUUUUUCUGGAAACACUAGUCAUUUCCUCAAAUGUCUAUAAGUUUCGUUAUGCCUUUGAAAAUUGUCUUCAUUUGAAAUCAUUCCAGUAGUUAAUAUGACAAUUCACCAUUGUGUGGUACUUACAUUGGAAAUCGGUUAACAUCAAGUGUCCUGUCCGUGUCACGUCGCCCUUAUCUGUAUUCUGACAAGCAACACGAGCACCCUUAGAAUCUUCUGGUUCGUUUCGGGGUCCAACCCUAAGGAGACACGAGUAAAAAUAUAAUUUUUCAAGUUCUCUGUUUAUACUUACUUCAAUUUUCUAAAACUAGGUCUCGACAUAUUACAUGGCUGUAUCAUUUUGCAUACUUCCCCUUAAAUCUAUUCGGAUUUUACCCUCGAGGUCAACUUCACACACCUAUGGCUAUAAUCCAUUUAAUGAGUACACGUUUAUAGUCAAACUUAUCCCAUAGUUAUUUAUGAAUGUAAGCUCACUACGUUUAUGUUUUCCUUCUCCUUAUAAGGUUGGUGAUACUGCUAGGGAGUUAGCCCUUCAAAAUGGAUUCAAAGCAAUUGCCAAGCUAUUAGGUCCAACUAAAGGAGACACACGAAGGGUAAGCAACAUAGUACAAGUGAACAUUUAUCGCGUUAAAAGGGUUUUCAAGUGGGAACAGGGCAUGUUCACUCUAAGACCGCUUGUAGCCACUGUGAAUUAUUUCCUAAAAAAUUUUAUCAAAAUAGAAAACGCAAACAAUAAGGGCGACGUGGUUAUGAGAUUUGAAGGCAACAUUGUGGUACUUUUUCAACGCGUUGAAAUACGCGAUACAUACAAUCUUGAUUACAAUAAAUCUUAUAUGCAUUUUAGAUCUUUGAAGAAUUCGUAGCCGUCUUCUCUGUAAAGUUAGCUGGCUAAACGACUAAUUUUGGAUAAAUGGCAAUCAGUUAACUGUUUGACUCAAUCCAUCAGGGCUCAUUGCGCAAUGUUCUGGCUGAAAAUCCUUUAACUAGUAGUGGACAACACUUCCAUUCUUUGAAUUAUUUGCGUUACAAACAGCGGUGAAUCCGGCGGCUUACCCGAUGCGGAAGUUCUAGCAGUGAUAGUGGUCGAUUAAGCCACAAUUACCGGAUCUCAGAUUUCUAGGAGAUACAGACAAGUAUUGGGCUUGGUUUCUUAGAAAACCAUAGUCUGUCACUAAAUUAGAUAAAAAGGGUUUCCACCCGGGAUUAGUUACCAAUGGAUUGUUCUAUAAUUUUCACCCCUAGAUGUUGAAAAACGACAGGAAAGAGAAGCGAAGACCACAUAGUUUAGAUGUGUCUGAACUCUUCAAUGGUAUGACAAACUCUACAAUUAACACUACUACUUCUCAGCUAUGGAGACCAGGACCAUUGUCUGAGGGCCGAGACGCCGAGGUGAGUCACAAAAGAGAAUUAUUGUCUGAUGUAUUACCCUUCAUUGGAAAGCAAUGUGAUCCUCCUUUUUUUAGUUGCUUUGUUGAAUAUUUUUGUUUUCUUUCAACACUCAGAUAUCUUUUAAAAAUAAGCAAAAUAUCCAGAAUGCAAAACUGGCAACAAUCUACUGAAGGUUAGGGUUAGUCUUUUGAUCAGAUCAGAGACACAGAGGUCGCGUUUUUAAAAAAAUUGACCGUCUCCUUCCUUACAGAGUUUUUUGUCUUGAAGCUGAUUCACACGUGUCACGCAAAUGUAAGGAGUAAGGAGUAAGGAGUAAGGUCGAGUAAAAUUACUACAACGUUGGUUAACGGUCCAAACGCAGAGAGUAAAGUAGUUUUGUAAUAUUCUUGUGCUCUCAUUUUCACUUGCAUUUCUGCAUAAUUGCAGUUCAUUCAUGUUUCUUAAGGAUAAUUGUUUGGCCAACGCCAAUUCAAUCUAUUUAUUAUAAGGACGGGACAGUUUUACCGGAAACUAAAACACUUGUUGAGUCAGUACGACCAGUAUAUCCGGGAUCUGAGUAAGGUAUUCCCGCCUUUCUAAAACUUUGCUGAAUGAACUAGGUUUUUUCGUCGUUUGAAAUGAUUUGUAUUGAUAAGCUUUUCAGUCUUUAUCAUGUAUAUAAAUUUUUCAUAUAAUAAAAAGAAAAUUAGACGUUAGUUCAAAGAUAUGAAUUAUGUGUUCUCGUGGCAAGAGAAAACCUCACUCGUUCCCUGUGCUCACUUGUUAGUUUGUUCUGCUGCUGGAACGAAAAUGUCAUAUCUUCUCGCAACCUUGUAAUAUCCUAUAUUUAUCAUUUGCUUCCUACAGAAAGAAGAACGUAAACAAGACUUUUCAAGUCGAUUUUCUUGGGGCAAGAAGAAAAAAGAGGAGAGAAAAUCCAAAAUUCUCACCAUCAAGUACGACGAGAUGUGUUCCAUUGAACGAGACUUCGUCAAGAAGCGGAAAGCAUCCUUGAAAAAAUCGCGUAAGACUCGUUCAAGGAGUAGCUUAAAAUCACAGGUAUGAGGUCUCUCUAGCCUUUUCCUCGCCAAAGAUUUUUCCUGUCUCCUGUUUUUUUAAAUCUUCUUAAACAAAAGACUUCCAAACUAGAUUUAAAUGUGGUUCAGUUCAAUAAGGCUUGCUGUUUGAAACGAGAGUUUGCAAGCCGCGUCAACGGCGGGAAAAGUCAUGUGACCAAUUCACGAUGGGUUUUUCUUGUUUAACCUGAUUGGUAGAAAAUAAUUUUUGGCAAUGACUGGAAAGUCAGGACACAUUCUAUUACAUUGGUUUUUGGUUUUUUUUUUGGUCAUUUUGUUUUUUCAUUUUUUUCUGUUUUAAAAAUGUUCUCAACUAUUUCGUUGGAUUUUGUAGUAAACUAUUACAAAUUAAUGUUUGUGUUGAUCUGCUGAUUGCAAGUUAAGACAGCAAGAAUCAAAAACUUCGCGGGAAUUAAUUUUUUCCGGUUGAUUUGAUGCACUUUAGGAUAAUAUGAGUAAGUUCCUAGCUUAACUUACGAUUUUGUACGAUAUGGUUGCCGUCCAUAAUAACUGGUUGACAUGGCAUGGAGCUCUUGAAAUAGAAAUCACUUGUAAUGCAAAUCCGGCAAUCAAUCAUAUCUCAGACAAUUCAUGGACAGCACCUUUGAACCUUCUUAAAUGACUUACUUAUUUGAUUGACAUCCUUUUCAUAAAGUACUUCAUUGUUUUAUGAGGUUUGACCUUCACAGCUCUCGUUAUAAUUUAAAUAGGCAAACAGGUGGCAGGCAAUAAAUUAGUGCUGCUUUGACUCUUUUCCAGUAUUUACAAGGAGAAAUUAGCAUUAUUUUUUCUUUCUUUUUCCUUAUCAUUGUAGGAAGAAGCUCGCUCUGACCCAGGCCUUCAUCGCGGACGACGGGAAUCAAAGAGGUUGCAUUCCCGGGGUAAAGAGGAGAAAGCUGAAAGGUUGGUAUAGAGGGGAUACCAUGUAACCUCGAUUUAGUGGGAAUCAGUGGUUUAACUCCUGGAAAAUUAACAAACACUUUCCAAUUCUGAAUUUGUUUUGGUUUGUUUCGUCAAGUUUCCGGCCAAUCAAAAGACCAGCAACUACACGUGCAACUGUGAAUCAUAAAUUUCUCGUUUCCAGGCUCUUAAGUACGAAAAGAACAGCUGCGUUAGCAUUUUUGGUUUCGCCAAAGGACAGAUGUGAAAUAAAGACUGUGGGAAGGAUUUUACAUCUCACUGUAAAAAUCCAUUUCGAAUCAAAUACACGUGGAUUUUCUUGAAUAAAUAAUCAAUUUACUUAACUGUAUUACUGAAAACAGGAAAUUGGAGUUUUACCGCAAACGCCUAAAACAUCUAUUUGGGUUACAGACUAGAUUCUUGAAAGAUACCGCGACUUGCCUGAGGGGUCGGUUUUUUCCGGCUUAUUAUAGAAUGAUCACAGUCUUGUGGAGUAAAAAAAUUAUACGAGGUUCGGAUGAGCGAGGACGAAAAGAAAUAGCGUGACCAGCGAAGACGAAACUUUCAUUUUUAUUUCCAAGACGUCAACAAUUGAAUGAACUGUUUGCUCUAAAAUUUACAAGGGAUUAAGUCUUCAGAGAAUCGUGGCUUCCGUUGAUGGUUGAAUGAUUAUACUGCUUCCGAUUUUAAAUGCUCUGAAAUCGUUUCUGAAAGCUUUUCCUUUGUUUUGUUCAAAUGCAAAUUGUAGCUUUGAGUUCCUGUCAAUUUGAGAGCUUUUCUCAUGAAACCCAUUGAAAGCCUCCAUAACAAGGAGUUGACUAGUUUUGGGGUUUUAUUUAAUUAAAUGAACCCUAAUAAGAUGUUAAAAAUGUGUUAACAACUCUGCCUUUAAUACCACAGAGUGAGAUAUGCAUUAAGUGACUGUGAGUCAGCAUCUGACCCAGUUAAUUCAACUUCGGGUUGAAAACUAUGACAAUGUAAAUUCAGUCACACAAGCUGCCAGUUUGUGUUAGGGAAUGUUAUAACCGCGUUAUUAGCAUUUGUGCGAGCUGAACGUCAUGGCCAUUGUGAGUAUAUUUACUGGAAGCUUUGUGGGCGGUCCUUUGUCGAGAUGUUGAAAUUGUUCCUUCGUGUGUGAAGUCGUUUCAUUUGAAUUCACACGACAAACACUUUAGGAGAACAAGGUGUCGCACUUGUCAGCCAUUUUCACUCGCGCUCAAUAGAACACGUUCUUCAAGCGUCGACCAGCGCUCAGUUCUUUGUCGACAGUUAAGUUUAUAAACUCUAUCGACAAUUUCAAGGUUUACUGGAUGUCUAGAGGAGGACUAAGUCCUUGGAUAUGUGCGCUGAGCAGGUUAGACGAUAAGUUCUUGGUGACGGAACGUAAUGUUAUAGGGUUGCCAUCGCAUCUUUCCUUUUAAAACAAAGUUAUUAGGUUUUUCUGGGUAGCCAGUUAGGUUAUAUACGCUGUUUAUGUCAGCCUUACCUUUCAGGGAGUCCCUUAAGCACAAAUUAUUGUCGUGUAAGCAUAAUUCGUUUUCAUGUGGAAACGAGGUUAGCCCUACUCUUCGUUGCGUGUUUCAGCCAGUGUUUUUCACAGGUCGAAGGAAGGUGGUGUUCACUAGAGACCGAUGUGUAGUAAAUCCAUUAAACUUCACUUGAAUUCACUAGCGUAGAACAAUUCAUCGCUUAGAUAAUUGCAUUCGACAAUCGCCUGUUUGCAAACUAAACACAGUAGAAAUCGACACUACACGAUUUCACAGUACAUUGCUUUCACAAGAGUCAGAAACGUCUCCGAUAUUGAGAAUGCCAUCCAAGAUAAGCAGUUGAUCUUAAAGGCACUUAAAUCAAUGAAGUUUACCUGGAGCUUUUUCUAAGAUAGGCAAGGUGUUUUCAAAAAUACUUAAUUACAAAAUCGUCUAAGUUUAUUAAUGACGAAUCAUGUGGUAACAAGAAUUGUAAGGGACUCAUUUUCUAAACGCGAAAUUUACAUGGGCAAUAGUUCCAAUCAAUUGCCGCUUAUGAAAAUCUUGAUUUUAUCUGAAUUUUUUUCACGGUUGAACCAACUAGUACAAUUUAGACAAAAAUGUUGUCUGGAUUGCAAUUAAUGAGGUUGAGUUUCUUACGGCUCCGUGUAGUGAAGUGUCAUCAGAAAUAAUUUUGGUACUUAAAAGAUGUAUAACUGAUAUUAUGGUUUUAUUAACUGCAAGAAAAGAAAAAUUGAAUGUUGGAAAGUUUUGGUAAACAAUAUGACCUUUUGCCUGAGGCUAAACUGCCUACAUGUAAACGAAGAAAGAAAUUCUGUCUCUGUCCUUCAUCAGGCGAGGUACAAUUGUUAUAACGUAUGUAAAAGCAUAGACGAUGCUUUGGACUGUUAUUACAAACUGGCUUUGUUGGCUGCUGUAAGAAUUUGCUAGAACAACUUUUGAAAGAAUGGCAUUCUUGUGACUGAAGAUAACACUGCCUCAAUAGGUGUUCUGAUUAAUAUUUUUUUUAAUAAACAAAUUCAUUAACACAAAGAAAGAAUAUUCUUUAAAAUAUAUAUAAAGCUAAUUUUCUUGCCCUUGGAAAUUUGCAAACGAUCACUAGCGAAAAACAUUACUCGUUCUUGACUUCCGUAUGGAAUAAGAUUUUCCCUAAUCGAAUGUUCUCAGAGGAAUGAACGUUAUCUUUGAAUGGGAAUAUGAUGAAUUUGGAAAUGAUAAAUCAUUUUAACGUUAUCUUAGUAAUAUCAAGAGAAUAUAUAGUUUAUAUUCUCUAGGUAAUAUCUUGUAAUAAAAGUCUCUUUUUCUCCUGUUUUCCUCAGAAAAUAGUUGUCUCGAAAAAGGCUCUCAUGCUAUUUUCACUCACAGAAAAGAUCCUCAGUCGAUGGCAUUUACGUUACUAGGAGGGUUCAUUUUCUCGAGCAAGUUUGUAGGAGUAGUUGGGCAUCAGUUUGAUAAAUCUUUCCUGACCAAAGUCUAAGCCAAGAAACUUUUUAAUGAUAUGUCGUGUUUAACACAGGUUUUUAAAUUUAACACGCGGUUUAAUACUUUCCGCCAAGUUUCAAAACAGUUGCAAUAAAAUUUGAAAAUGACGAACGAUAGAAAAAUGGAAAUGAAUGUUAGUGCUUCGUAUGUUUUUUCGAAAGCUUCCGUGUCAAUAUUUUGUCUUGGAUUUUUGUUUUCUAAGCCAACAGAUUUUAUGACACAGACUCGUGUAUGUUUACCUUGUUUAUGGUUUUCGUUUUGGUUCAUUUAAGUUCUUUCAAAACAAGAGCAGGUUUGUAGCAGAAAGCCCAGUUUCCGCCGAUAUGUUUGGACGCGAGCGAAUGGGACGAAUAAAGGUCGGCACACAUGGGAGGUUGUUAACUUUACGUGGAAUUGUGUCUUCUCUCAACUCCUUCACAGUGACUUAUAUGAAUGAUCUAUUUACCAUUUCUUUUACAUUGUCAACAAAUUACCAGUGGAUAGGAGACGAGAAUGAAUUGAUAGCUUAAUGGGGAUGAUGCCUAAGCCUAGAAAUACUAAGAACUAACAUUUUAAGAAAUGUACAUUAGAUAAUAACGAGAUUAUUUGGAGAUCUUAGUGGAAGGAUUAAACGUGUUCUCUCUUUCCGAAAGCGCUCCAAGCAGAGACGAUUUCGAGGAGAGCCUUUCCCAGAAGAAGACCAAAAAGGAAAAAGGUUUUUUCUCCUUGUUCAGGAGCGCAAGUGACCCAGACUUGAAAAACGCUUUAUUCUGUACAAAACCUAAAGAGAAAUUUCCACCCUCCGGAGGGGAGGUGAUGGGGAAUGGGAUACAUAAAGUGAAAAAAGAGUCAAAAGAAAAAGAAGAGCAAGAAGAGACCAGAGAAAAGAAAGAUAAAAGAAAAAAGGAUAAGAAAGAUAAAAAAGGUCACGAGGAAGAAAGGGAAAAAUGGGAAAAGAAAGAAAAACGGAAAGACAAAGGAAAAGAAAAGAAAUGUCCACCUCGUGACGAAAAAGAUGGAAGUGAAUCGGACUGCACUAUUUGUCAGGAAAAACGGAGAAAAUCCCGAGAAAAGAGACGCAGCGAGGAAGUGAAACACAAAGAACGCAGAUCUAAAUCGGAACCAAGACGGGAAAGAGAUCGGAGGGACGUAGACUCAGAUGAAAAGGACUUUAAGACACAUGUAGACAAAGACGAUGGAGACAGAGAACAUAGGAAAAAGAAACAUCACAAAGAAAAAGAGAAGGAGAAAGAUAGAGCCAGACGGGACAAGAGUCACAAAAGAAAAACCGAAGAACACGGGAGGAGUAACGAGCGAAAAGAGGUUGUGCACCGUAUGGGGGUAAGUAGUGAUUUGGUGAAAAGAUGUGGGAAGGGUAUGAUGGGAACAAAAUUGACCUUUCCCUUCCACGCCUCCAGUCACUAGGCUCUAGGCUCGGUCCUCAUGAACUUCAUCAGUUUUCUCUGUUUUCCUAAUUUUACUGGUGCAACUACCAGAUCAUAGAAAGUGAUAGAAAAUCAAAGAACUAUUGAAUUCGAAUGCAAACUGCAGUGGAACCUGUGUUUCGGCUCCCUUUCUAAUCAGUGACAGUCUUGGAAACGUUCAUUUAAUGAAAGUCUACUCAGGUGAUUGUCUAAAUCAGUUGAUCAUGAUAAAGUAGGGUGUGUUGUGGGUGGAACUCUUUUCUAAUUUAAUACUACUAAGAAAAAUGUCAAAAAGAAGUGCAUAGUCUGUCCUAGUACUUGAAGCCUGUUCAGCACUCUCAAAAUAUUAUUGCCACACGAUAGGUGAACGACGUUAGGAAUUAGAUCCACGUGUAGACCACCAUUAAAAAUCACAAACGGGUUUCGCUGUGAAUAUUAUUUGUUCGAUCUAGAAAUGUAACGACGAGCUACUUCCUUUGGUGUUGCCUGUGCCACACUCUUGGUUAGUGGAAACAAGCGAAAAUACCGGGGUUCAGGCAAAGAAACACCACUGUUUGUUUUUCGCACGCUCUUUCUCUCGCCCCCACUGACUGAGGGCUUGGUAUAUGCUAACUUUCUGUGAUGCAAACUUGAUAAACUUGAUACCUUCUGCUCGUUAGGCUGACUUUGAAACUACACCUUGUAACCAAAGUCACUGCAGCACGUGUCAGACGCAGCUGAGCCGUCUUGAGGCGUGGCAAGAGCGGUGUACUGCAGAAAUCGACUCCGCUCGGCGAAGACUCGAACACAGAUUGCAACGGCUUGAAAACAGACUCACGGAACAGUUAAAAGAAGAGAAAAAAUUACAAGAGAAAGGGAGUAGGAGUAAAAAACAUGAACGCACCACGGACAGUCGCUUAGUUAGUAAAAGCCUGAAAGAUAGCAGCAAUAACAUACGGGAAGAAAUGCGCGGUGUAAUUAAAGGAGGUUUGAGUAAACUGGAAUUAAGACUUGGGCAGAUUUCUGCGGGGUACAAUAUGCCUUUUAUCGAUCAAAACGAACGAUGUAAUCCUGAAUUAGGAAAGAACUGUGCUACUGAUCGAGGGAUCCGUCGUUUGCGAAGUAUGAGUUCCCCUCACCUUGGGAGGAGUCCGUGUGAAGACUGCAUGCACCACUUGGAAAACAGUGGAGGGAUGUCCCGUAAGUACAUUUAACAGGUAGCACAAGUGUAGUAUACGGAGUAUUAAAUUCACGUUAAUUCAUACCUUACCAAAAUGACAUUUUAUCUACUGUAAAGCAUGCUAGGAUGUUUGAUGGGUUUUGACAUUUUACAGGAUUUGCGGGUAAACUUCGAUCCGCUGGUUAAAAAAAAAAAAAAAAAGAACUCCGCCAAAAUUCACUAAAUGUAGUGCCUGAUAGACGACAUUCCGCAAAGUACGCGAAACAUUCAUGCUGUACGGUGUUGCCGUUGUCCGAUUACAACUCUUUUUUUAUUUAUGAAGUCCUUUUUGUUUGUUUUGUUUUUGUAGCACCUUUUUCGCAGUUGGCUUCAAGUGGAACUUGCUCAAGUUCUCGUACACAGAUCAGUGACACCGGGUCCGUGGAAACAGUCAUCGAAGCUAGACCUGUUGGCAACAGAGCCGGCCUUCACUCUUCGGGGACAAUCAUAGAAGCAAAACCUGUUGCAGAAGUGUUAGACACAGUGAUUGAGGCGCAACCAGUGAUUGAAGACGAAAAUUCUCAUAAAGUGCACGAGACUUUAGCUGCUACACAGGUGCGCGGAUUUUUUAAAGCUCUUUUCAUCAUCGCCUACUUACGAUGAAAAAUAGGAAGGAACGAAUGCAGGUUUCAACACAAUAUUUGAUAGGAAUUUACCCAUCAAUACCCAAAUUACUUAGUUCUACUUGCCAAGAAAUCACUCCCUCUUACUUUAAACAUUCAUCAGGUUCUGGAGUGUGGUAAGACCGGGUGUAUGCGUUAGUUACUGUGGAGAAUAAGUUUUGAACCGCGACAUCUUUUUAAGGGUGCAUGUCUUUACCAUUCGAGUACAGUGCUGCAUGUAAUUUUGCAUCUUUAAAAUUUCAGAUAUCACAUCAAAUUUGGGUCGUUGUUUCCUCGAAUACGAAGAGAUUUUAUUAAAUUCGCAGCUUUCUGAGUGGUCUGGAACACUCACGCUAUGUCUUCCGCGAAACUGAUACAAAUUCACCCCUCUCGCUAGUUUUUUUUACCUGCGCUUUCCCGCGUAUUAGGUCGGUUACGCGUAUUUAUUACUCUGGUUCCUUAUUGGCUCCUUGUGAUGUUGACCUUUUUUCUGAUUGGUCGAUGCUGAUUCCAUAGGUGCACCACCAGCGUCAAAUGCAAGAGGUGGAAAACUGGUGGCGAGCCAAAGCAGAGGAGGAACAGGGAGUUCUGUACGCCAGGAUCUGUGAACUCGAACAAAUGCUGAUGAUGUCUCGUGGGGGUGACUGCUUUGUAUGACCGAUGUAGUAAUGCUGUGACCCCUUUUAGCGAUAGCAAUCUUAACCCUUUACACCCUACAAUCAGUAUGCAUAUUCUCCAUACUGCUCUUCAAACAUUUCCCAAGGUACAGACAAGGAGAAUUUGUUUACUAAUCAAAAGCUUCUUUCGUUGGUGAUCAUUUCCUUUAUUCUCAUGACCUUAACGUGUUAUUCAGAGGUGAUAUUGUAGGGAGAAAGUUGAUGCUAGUCAUUCGUAGAGUUUUAAGGGUUAAGAAUGGACUUAACGUUCAGUUUGCGUCGAGGGUUACCACGUAACGUGACAUCAUUUAAAUUAUUGGAUUAUUAAAUUGUAUUAUCCCUAGGUUCGAACUGAAUUAUUCGAACAGUUUUGAAAUUCAUGAGAGAACUUCUACAAAGCUUUAUUUCCAAGUGUGUUGGCGGGGAUAGCUUAAAAUUAUGUGACUUGAAAAACAAAUGGUACGUUGACUAGUUUUUUAAAAGACUUUCAGGAUAAUGGAAUUUGUGACCAAAACAAAAAAAUAACAAAAGGCCUGGAACAAAACUGAGAUGUACAGUAUUAUUAUUUUGUUGGUUGUUUAUUGUCUUGUAAAAAAAAUAUUUUCCAUGGUCCAUUUUUUAGGACCUCGUGAACAAAGAACGUGAUAUCUUCAAAGGUAUAUUUAAUUUACUAC